UGCCGUUUUCUCACUUGUCACUUUGACUCACUCUGCAUACGUAGUAGUUGUGGGAGAGACCAGUGGAGACGAGAAGAGAAGAGAACAACGGCAUAGCAAUAUCCAUGACAGGCCGCUGCUUCUGCCCCUGUUUCGACUUCGAACACGAGAACCGCACCUCCUCCGACACGGAGGUGGAGCCGGUGCUGCUGGUUUCUGGCAUAGGAGGCUCCAUUCUGCACUCCAAGAGGAGGAAGUUGGGGUUCGACACCCGGGUCUGGGUCCGGAUCUUAUUGGCUGACUUGGAGUUCAAGAAGAAGCUAUGGUCUAUCUACAAUCCCCAAACAGGUUAUACUGAAACGCUAGACAAAGACACUGAAAUUGUGGUCCCAGAUGACGAUUACGGCCUGUAUGCAAUUGAUAUUCUAGAUCCUUCCUGGUUUGUCAAAUUGAUACGUUUGAAAGAGGUAUACCAGUUCCAUGAUAUGAUUGAUAUGCUUGUCGGAUGUGGAUAUAAGAAGGGAGCCACUUUGUUUGGAUACGGAUAUGAUUUUCGACAAAGCAAUAGAAUUGACAAGUUAAUGGAAGGUCUUAAGGUGAAACUGGAAACUGCUUACAAGGCUUCUGGGGGUAGAAAAGUGAAUAUAAUUUCGCAUUCAAUGGGUGGACUGCUAGUCACAUGUUUUAUGUCACUCCAUAAUGAUGUAUUUUCGAAGUACGUGAGUAAAUGGAUCUGCAUAGCUUGCCCUUUUCAAGGUGCACCAGGAUGCAUCAAUGAUUCUCUCUUAACUGGAUUACAGUUUGUUGAAGGCUUGGAAAGUUACUUUUUUGUAUCAAGGUGGACUAUGCACCAGCUGUUGGUUGAGUGUCCAUCAAUCUAUGAGAUGUUGGCAAAUCCAAAAUUUAAAUGGAAAAGGCGCCCAGAAAUUCAGGUUUGGAGGAACAAUUCCACAGAUGGGGAAACUUUGGUUGAUUUGGAGUCUUAUGGCCCAAUUGAAAGCAUUCCUUUGUUUGAAGAAGCAUUGAAACAUAAUGAGCUAAAUUAUGAUGGCAAAACGGUAGCUUUGCCAUUUAACCAUUCUAUUCUCAGAUGGGCUGCUGAGACUCACCAAGUUUUGAACAGUGCUAAACUACCAGAUAGCGUCAGCUUCUAUAACAUUUAUGGCACAUCGUUCGACACCCCUUUUGAUGUUUGUUACGGUUCGGAGACAUCUCCAAUACAGGACCUGUCUGAAAUAUGCCAUUCAAUUCCUCAGUAUUCUUAUGUGGAUGGAGAUGAAACGGUUCCGGCUGAGUCAGCAAAGGCAGAUGGAUUUGCUGCAGUGGAAAGAGUAGCCAUAGCUGCAAGGCACCGGGAAUUAUUGCGGGACAAAACAGUUUUUCAACAUAUCCAAAGGUGGUUGGGAGUCGAACAGAAGGUCGGCAGACAUUCUAAGAUAUCCAAAGUUGCAGACGCCUCUUCAAAUAAGCAUGCAAAUGUGUGAAAUCCUUUUUCGAUCUGCUUGAAAUUUAAUGAAAGGACAUUCCAUUUUAAAAAUAAUAUCGCUACGAUAGCAUCUUGAAAUUGUACGGAAUUCUUUAUUUAUGACUUUUGAGUGCUAUUUGUUAUUUCAGUAUUGUGUGUAUAAUAUUGUUGGUAUGCAUGUUAAUUUCCUUGAAUAGUUAAUCGAGUGGUGGUAUUGUGACAUUAAA